GAUUAUAUUAAACAUUUUUGAAUAAAUUACUUUCAAAAUCAAAACCACUUUCAUUUGACAUCCGCUUUGCAUAGAAAGUGUAGUACUAGAGUUAACCUUUGUUUUUCCUUUCGCCUUUCCACAGCAACCAACAGCAGCACGAUGAUGGAACCGACGAUCAAAAUCGAAGAGGAUAGCGUCGAGUUUGACGAGUACGCCUUCUACUCCUCCCAUAACAUGGUGAAACCGGACGAGGAAGCCAGCCAAGAAGAUGAUGGCGGCGAUGAAAUUCCUGCCCCGGCGGCAACGGAAACGGAAGCACCCACUCGGCGCUCCUCGUCGAAACGAACCGCGGUCGUGGCCUCACCGAAGCUGCAAAUCACCGAUCUGUUCCAGAUAUCGAACGUGUGCAGCAGCCAAAGUCGCAACCUGAUGAAGCAGCCGUUCCCGAUUCAGACGGUGAACGAACUCAACGAGCUGGACACGCUGCUGCUGGGGAAUCCGGCGUUUAUGGAGAAAUGCGCCCAAGUGCUGCACAAUGCGGUGCGGAACGAGACGCUGGAAAACGUGACCGGUCACAUGCGGCUGCUGCUGGAAUUUGCGGUCGACUACUCUGUGCUGCUCAAGUACAGCUGGUUUGGGUUUCUGCCGAGAUCGCCGAUAGCGCGCGGGAUGGGCGAACAGCAGCCCUUCCGGAAUUUGAUCGGGGUCAUCCACUUGUUGCACCGAGCGCGGCGCCUUCGCUACGGCAAAUGCAGCCUCGAGGAGAUCCACGAGGGAAUCGAAAAGUUCCUCAAACGAAAGCUGCGCUGUCACGCACUUUUUGUCAAGAAGCAAAACUACGUCGUUCAAUCUCCCGGAUAGGACGGACGUGUGCCAAAGAACCAGAGAAUUUAUUCUAGUCCAAGUGAAAUUUAGUUUAUACAAAUCCCAGUAUUACGUGUAAUGGAUUUUAAUAGUCAUAGUCUUUAGAGAUCAUCAGAUAUUAGCGUUUGAGAAGCGCACAACUACUACUCUGAAUGAGGCCAACCAUAAUAGUAAUAAUUUAUUUAUUU